UUCGCGUGAGCUUCGGUUCAGGUUGGUCGUUUUGUUUCCCGUCCAGUCCAGGGAGGGUUGUGAGUGAGCUGUCAGCUGUUUACGGGCAGGAGGGACCUGCUGUCAUUUUUCCACUAUCUUCCGUUGGGGUUGGUGGUUGUUGAUUCUUGCAAAUUUUAUUCAUAAUGUGACAGAGCACGUGUUCAUGAGUAUGUGAGGUUUCUUUGCUAGCUGUGGGGUUCUUUAUUUAAACACUCAUCCGUACCAAAUCAGUGUAGUUAUUCAAACGAGUGAAAGUGUAAUCAAUGUUGUCUGUUUUUCCUAGAAUGUUGAUAGUGGAGAAGAAUAAAUUAAACUAUUAUUCGUUCAAGAAACAGUGAUAGUGCGAUCAGUCAAAAAAGUAAAAAUCUAAUUGCUUUUCAGUUCUGGAAUUGUGCAUGAAAAAACAAUCUCGUUUAUAACUAGGGGUGAUACGAUCAACUGUAUCCAUGGCCACUGACAAGGUUGUUUUGUUUAUGAAGAGGCACUUAUCGUAGGGAUAAGGAAGGAAGUUAUAAAAUAGGGAAACGGAAACAUGGCCGGAUUUGCCUCUCAGGCGGCACUGCGCUCGAAAUGGGGCGACCUGGUCGACAGUGGCUCAGCCAGCAUCGAAACCUCGGAAGUGUCUCAAGGACUGAAGAACGUCGUCGGUUGGCUCAAACAGGCAUCAGUGGAAGUUCGAGAAGCCGGUAAAAGGGCCGUCACACAGCUUCAGACCAGCACACCGAACCUGCUGCACCUCAAUCCGAACACACAUCCGAUCAAACCGGGCGUCCAGGCGAAUGAGAUAGACAUCAUGACGAACUCCGUGCCGAACGACGACAAGCUCACCAUCAUACACUAUAACGAUGUGUACAACAUCGAUGCCACCUGCAAACAGGAACCGAUCGGGGGUGCGGCACGGUUUGCCACUGCCAUCAAAACUUUCGAACACUUGAAUCCGCUGGUCCUGUUCAGUGGGGACGCGUUUUCGCCCAGUAUGUUGAGUACCUUUACCCGAGGCGAACAGAUGGUGCCGGUGCUUAAUGCCGUUGGAACGCACUGUGCGGUGUUCGGGAAUCAUGAUUUCGAUCACGGUCUGGACGUGCUGGCGGAAUGGGUCGAAAAGACAACCUUCCCGUGGCUGAUGUCCAACGUGGUAGAUGACGAAACCGGAAGGCCUCUGGGUGGUGGAAAAAUCACACACAUUCUGCACCACAACGACGUCAAGAUCGGUCUCAUUGGACUGGUGGAAAAGGAAUGGCUUGACACACUGCCGACGAUUGAUCCGAACGAGGUAACCUACAUUGACUUCAUCAAAGCCGGCAAUCAGCUGGCCGAUGAACUGCACAAUCAGGGUUGUGACAUAAUCAUCGCGUUGACCCACAUGAGAACACCGAACGACAUCGAACUGGCCAAGCACAGCGGGUAUAUCGAUUUGAUACUGGGUGGUCACGAUCACGUGUUCGAGAUACUGAACAUUGAAGGUACGCACGUGGUCAAAUCGGGAACUGAUUUUCGACAAUUCUCCCGCAUUGGAAUCAACACGGAACGGGACGAACAGGGGAAGAUUAGCAUAACGGUGGAAAAGAUCGAUGUAAACUCAACAAAAUACAACGAAGAUCCAGUUUUAAAAGACGAGCUCAAGAAGUACUCGGAGACGAUCGAAUCCAAGAUGGAUGAAGUGUUGGGAACGUUCUCGGUGGAUCUAGAUGGACGGUUUGGGUCGAUCCGUACUUCGGAAACGAACUUGGGUAAUUGGAUCUGUGAUAUAGCUCUCGCGGCGACCGGUGCGGAUGCGGUCAUGAUCAACUCCGGUACAUUCCGAUCCGAUCAGAUUCAUCAGGCGGGUCCAUUCACGAUGCGCGAUUUGGUCAAUAUUAUUCCAAUGCAAGAUCCGCUCAUUGUGGUCGAAGUGACCGGUAAAAUUCUUCACGAAGCUUUGGAGAAUUCCGUUUCAACCUAUCCCAAAUUGGAAGGUCGUUUCCCACAGAUUGCCGGAAUGUCAUUCACUUUCGAUCCAACGCAACCACCGGGAAGUAGAGUGGAACCGCUGUUGAUUCGAAUCGGAGACGAAUGGCUCAAUCUCGAGCAGACCUACACCCUAUGCGUGAAAAGCUAUAUCUACGGGGGCUGCGAUGGUUACACAAUGUUCAAGUGCUGCAAAGUCCUGAUGGAUGACGACGCGGCACCGGAACUUGGGCUAGCAAUACAGAACCACUUCAAGGCGAUCGAUGUUCGCAUGGGAAAAACACAUCACACCAAGCAUCGACAGUCACUGGUGACACUGUCCCGAAGACACAGCAUGGUACAGAUGCUGGAAAAUCUCGAACUUGACGGACCGACACCGAUUCGGCGGAAAUCGACAGUCCUGCAACCGCGCCAUGCUAGUAUGGAGCACGUAAAUCGAGGGAAAUUAAUGAGACGAGCAUCGUUGGAUGAUUUAGAGCAGAACAGCUGCCAAUUAGCUCCCACGAUCCAGCAUCGAAUAGUCGUUGUGCAGAAUCAAGAUCAUAUGCACGAAAUGAUCCUUCGGCGGCAGACCAUGGAGAAAAAUUCCGUCAUCGCCGAAACGGACGAACUAACGCCAGUUACCAUCAAAGGAUUCUACGAUUAUGACGAAAACGGACAACCUGUGAAGUAAUCUUUCUCUUGAACCUGUUCUUUACUCGUUCCACUUACUGAAAACCCUUUGUAGGUGAUAUUGAUUGCAUCUUUGUGCCUCGAAUCAUUCUCGAAUAUAUUCGUUAUCUAGCAUAGUUCAAUCAAUCCAAAACUGUGACACUUGUUUCCCAGUUCUCGAGCAGUUACUGUUUGGGAAAUAUCACAUUUAGUUAGUUGAUCUAUAAUGAUACCAUAGCAGCUUCGCGACUCAAGUUAGUGGUUCCUGUUUGGCGACAGAGUUUAUUCUUGUUGCUUUUGUUAUUGUUAUAGUUUUUUCCAGAUUCGCCAAUUCACUAACUGACAGGAAUCGCAAAGAGUAUCGAAUGGAAAGCUGCUACCGUAAUAAAUCACAAUGAUGCAAUUUAGUGAAGCAUUCAUGUACUCCCAAAGAUCGAACACAGGUCAUCGAUAUUAGUGAUGUGUAUUACAAGUAUAAGGAGCACAAUAAAUUCGUCAUUGUUAGUUCAAAUACCUGAGUGUAUAAAUAGUGUUAUAACUUUCUCCUGUGAAACUAUCAACAGAUAAGAGCUGGUUAAUGAUUCGAUGUUGUGUGUGUGUGCUCGAUUGGUUAACGGCUAGGCAAGUUUUAAUGUAUCUUGUUAGAUGAAAGAGGAAGAUUUAGGAAUCGAGAAUGAAUGAUAAGAAAUGGAGAAAUAAAUUUUAUUUAUAAAGUUAUAUGAUUUAGUGAGUUUACUAUCCGAACCGUCAACUAAAUUCUAAUCAACAGGUUCAAUAUUUCGAGCAGCUAAUCGAUAUGAAUAAAACAUUUCGCUAUUUUUGCAAAUAUAUUUUGUUGUACAUUGGUUGCAAUUGAAGAUGAAA